AGAAUCCGGAAGGAAAACAAUCGAGCGAGAGUAAGCUAGCCGGGACCUGCUGCCGGAGGUGGAUUGGGCCAGGAGCGGCGGGGGCGGGGAGGCGCGAGCCGGCCGGGCAGCGGCGUGGGGACGAUGGCAGCCGUGAACCCACGGAAGCCGACUGAACCGAGAGGCAAGACGCUCAGCAUACAUGUGGUGACGUGGAACGUGGCCUCUGCAGCACCUCCUCUAGACCUCGGCGAUCUUCUUCAGCUGAACAAAGACAACCUGAAUCUGGACAUGUAUGUCAUUGGUUUGCAGGAAAUGAACUGUGGGAUCAUGAGCCUCCUUUCUGACACUGCCUUUGAAGACCCAUGGAGCAGUUUCUUCAUGGAUGUGCUUUCCCCUCUGAGCUUCGUCAAGGUCUCCAGUGUCCGCAUGCAGGGGCUCCUCUUGCUGUUCUUUGCCAAGCAUCAGCAUUUGCCCUUUGUCCAGAUCCUCUCUACUAAAUCCACCCCCACUGGCGUCUUCGGGUACUGGGGGAACAAAGGGGGCGUCACCAUAUGCCUGAAGCUUUAUGGCUACUAUGUCAGCAUCAUCAACUGCCACCUGCCCCCCCACAUGGCCAACAAUGACCAGCGGCUGGAGCACUUUGACCGGAUCCUGGAGAUGCAAAAUUUUGAGGGACAAGAUAUCCCCAACAUCCUGGAGCAUGAUCUCAUUCUCUGGUUUGGAGAUAUGAACUUUCGGAUCGAUGACUUUGGGCUGCAUUUUGUCCGGGAAUCCAUAAAAAAUCGGUGCUACGGUGAUCUGUGGGAGAAGGAUCAGCUCAGCAUUGCCAAGAGACACGAUCCACUGCUCCGGGAGUUCCAGGAGGGCCCACUGCUCUUCCCACCCACCUACAAGUUUGAUAAGAACUCCAACAACUAUGACACCAGUGAGAAAAAACGCAAGCCUGCAUGGACCGACCGCAUCCUGUGGAGGUUGAAGCGGCAGCCCCAGGCCAACCCCCCCACCCAGAGGCUGCCAGCCCCCCACUUCUGCCUGUCUCUGAGGAGCUAUGUCAGCCACAUGAUGUACUGCAUCAGUGACCAUAAGCCGGUCACCAGCACCUUUGACGUGGAGCUGAAGCCAUUGGCGUCUGCCCCACUGAUCACCCUGAUACCUGAGGGGCUGUGGACCAUGGAGAACGACAUGUUGGUCAGCUACUCCUUGACCCCAGACUUUCUCAGCAGCCCCUGGGACUGGAUUGGACUAUACAAGGUGGGCCUGCGCCACAUUAAUGACUACGUGUCCUAUGUCUGGGUCAGGGACAACCAGGUCUCCUUCAGCGAUGGGCUGAGCCAGGUAUACUUCAAUACCAGCAAUAUCCCUGAGACUGAGGACCAGUUUCUCCUCUGUUACUAUAGCAACAGUCUACAUUCUGUGGUGGGGAUAAGCAAACCCUUCAAGAUCCAGCCUGGCUCCUUGGCAGAGGACCCACUGGGGGAAGCCCAGCCACACAUCUGAGCCCGGAUGAGAGUGGAUCCAGGGUGGAGGCCAGAGAUGGUCUGCCCACACCGCCCGCAGUGCUGGGGGCCCAGCCCAGCCCCCAGAGGAGGCAGCAGGUAUCCUCCGUCUCCCAGGAGAGCUCUAGCCACACUCCUUUGCUCUCUCCGGUCCAGAUCUCUAGAAUUGGCCACUUAAAUACAGGUUUUUGUUGCUGAG